UUCUAGACAGUGGCGAAACUAUGAGAAACAUAGUAUAAGAAAGACCAAUGGCUUCCUACUUGGCUUAUCCUAGAAUCCUUUAAUGGACGUAUAUCAAAAGCAAAACAGGCAAAAAGCAAUGGCGGCCAUUGACUGAGAAAUUGAUAAUUACAAUUUGGAAAACUUUAAAAACAUGUAAUUUACGUGCUUCGAUAAAUAAAACGAUUAGAGGUUUUAAUAAGAAGUCUUAACACAUAAGCAUGUUAUUACAAAAAAUUUUGAAACAACGCGUUGACCUAUGCGUUGAUCACUGGUACACGGAUUUAACCAAUUAUAUCCAACUAUAUCCUAUAUCAAUCAUUAAAUUUUUGCAUCAAAUAAAUGCAAGCGUAUUGUAUAAAAUUUGAAAAAUAGUUCAUAAGGUGUGGCCUGAGGGUGGGGAACAGAUAUUGCCUGCAAGUAUAGAAAUGGCACGCAGUAUUUGCAGGCAAUGGCGGACAAACGAAUGGAUCAGCAUCUAAAUCGGUCAAACAUUGAGUGGUGGUUGUUGGCAGAUGAAGUAGAAAGGAAACACGGCAGGCAGGAAGGAGCAAACUAACGAGCGCGUCUAAGUAAUGAGCGAGACUCGGCAUCAUCUUCGCUCGGUUUCGGACUUAUACGCAGCCGACGAAAUAGAGGUGCUUCUUUUGGAAGAAAUUCGUGACUUGGAACCGCCACCUUCUGCAUAUUCUAAACCUGAGGAUAUUCAAGACUUCGAAAUCGCAGGUAGUAGAACAGGGGGGCGAGUUAGCUCCCAAUCAUCGGAACUGGAUUCACCAGGAAUCCAUUCCACAGUCCAUUCCUGGGACUCGCACGCAAACUAUCAUGAUCAUUAUGGCCAUAAUGACCAUCAUAGACAUGGCCCUUCCUCAAAUACACUGCCGUGGCCACGAACUAGUCAUUUGGUUUUUUACUGCGACAUACAGGGUCAUCUUAAAACAGCUACUGGUGCUGUUCGACUCCUACUACUUAUAUCAUCCGCAGCUUGUUUGGUUACUUUAUGCAGUUCUGGUACUGCCAAAGUCAGUCUUUUUAUGCUGCCUCUACCCGGACGUUUGAGAUUCAUGAUAUUUGUCGCCGUUCUCUGUUUCUUGAUAACUGCAUUACUUCUUUUUCUUGAUAUUUCGCACGUUAUUUAUGUAUUUCCUUUCAAUUGGUCCAGACUGAAUACGUGGGUAUUCACUGGUAUAGGCUUAUCUUACUCAUUAAGCAGUGCGCUAUUGGCAUACUCCAUAUGGGAAUACCACAGCGGAGGUUGGGUACCGCGACGCACACGUUCCCAAUUAUCUGCCGCUGCAGCACUUGGUCUCUCAUGUGCUGUUUUAGCAUUUGUACUUUCUUUAAUACAAAGUCGCAGUGGGUCAAAUUAUGAGACUCAGGAUAUUCACAAUCACACACCAACGCCACUUUACAAGCCCGUUGACAACUCCUCCUCUUCCGGGUACAAAAACAAUAACAAUUAUCAGACUGAAGUAGUGUUAUAAUGUACGAAGAUUAUAUUAAAGUCAAGAAUGAUUAUCCAUCUAGCUGAUGUAUCCAUUGUGCAGGGAUAAUUAAUAACAUGCUUUAAAUUUAAGUAGAAGGCAAGGACAUGGUAUUUUCUGAGCCCUGUUAUAUAAAGUUUUUCAAUUAUAGAAAUAUGUAAGGCUAUUAGUUGAAAUUUAUAUUAGAUCAACCGACAUUGUAACGAACGAAUUUAUUUUAUUAUUUACAGCAUGCGUUCAACGCGUUUACAUUUAAUGCGGGGAAAAUUAAAUAAAUGUAAAUGAUGUCGUUAGACCUAUUUCUCAAACGCGACUCAAGGAACGAGAUCUGGGUUACCCUUUGACUGACUGACCAUAUGUUACUGCAUGAUUAACUUCACGAAAAGCACUGCUGCCACUGGUUGUUAUAAUAAAACCCUCGACAUAUUUAAUAUAACGGUCGUUCCUACGUUCGUUCUACGUGCUGUGAAUACUUCACUUUGAUUGCCUUCAAAAUAAAAUAUUAAUAUUUAUUGAUCUACUAACUGCGUAUACAUCAAAUUAAAAUACGUUAUUGUUUUUAAGUAUAUUUAAUUUACAGGCACAAUGUCGAAUAAGUUAUACGUUGACACACACGUAAAUCGAACGUUAUGUAGUCUUCGAACCCACCAAAGUAAACGCUGUCAUGUAACACGUACAGACACAUAUAUACAACAUACAUAAACACAUAAUAUAUCAAUUGUCGCAUAUUCAUUGCUCGAUUUACAUCACAAAAAGAGUGUUAGUUAUUAUAUUAAACUAAUUGUAUUAUUUUUCAACGAUGUAUCAGUGUAGAAUGAAUUUAAAUUCUGCAAAAAAAGACUUGCAGUAAUAUCAGAAAAAUACAGAUAGAAGUAAUAAAACAAUUAGAUGAUGGAAAAAAACUUAAAA